GCGUGGCGCGGGGGGCGGGCCGGGCGCGCGCACGGCGCAUGCGCAGUGCCCCCCGUGUCCCGGCGGCGGCGAGCGCGGGCGCGUGCGCGGCGAUGUCGGGGUACGGCGUGGAGGAGCGCGCCGGGCCCCACAGCCCCGAGUACCGGCUCUUCUUCAAGGAUGCCGCCGGGCGCUACAUCUCCCCGUUCCACGAUAUCCCCAUCUACGCGGACGCCGGGAAGAAUGUGUUCAACAUGGUCGUGGAGGUACCUCGAUGGACAAAUGCUAAAAUGGAGAUUUCAACAAAGGAACCCUUAAACCCAAUUAAGCAAGAUGUGAAGAAGGGGAAACUGCGCUUCGUAGCGAACGUGUUUCCCCACAAGGGCUACAUCUGGAAUUACGGCGCCAUCCCACAGACUUGGGAAGACCCAAGUCACAAGGAUGAAAAUACUGGUUGCUGUGGAGAUAACGAUCCGAUUGAUGUGUGCGAAAUUGGAAGCAAGGUCUGCUCUCGGGGAGAAGUCAUCAAAGUGAAGGUGCUGGGCACGCUGGCUCUGAUUGAUGAGGGAGAGACAGACUGGAAGGUGAUUGCUAUCAACGUUGAAGACCCGGAUGCAGACAGCUACAAUGACAUCGAGGAUGUCAGAAGGAUGAAGCCUGGAUACUUAGAAGCUACUGUGGACUGGUUCAGAAGAUACAAAGUACCUGAUGGAAAGCCAGAAAAUCAGUUUGCUUUUAAUGGAGAAUUUAAAGGCAAGGAUUUUGCCCUGGAAGUCAUCAAAGGCACCCACGAACACUGGAAAGCUUUAAUAACAAAGAAAACUGACGGAGGGGAGAUCAACUGCACCAACCUGACGGUGUCUGACAGCCCUUUCUGCUGUAGUCAAGACUGUGCAAAAGCUACUGUGAAUGCAGCACCACCGUGUAAAGCUGCCAGCCCCAUCCCACCCGAAGUUGACAAAUGGUUCUACUACCAGAAGAACUAAGUCCCGAGGAUGGUGGUGAGACAGCUGUGUCCUUCCCACCGAGGAGCUGCCACGCGCAGGAAUAGACCAGAAAAAUAGCUUCAGUGUCAGCAAGAAGACCUUGCCUGUAACUUUGCUGAUUAGAAUUCCAUACCUAGCAGUGACUUGUCUGCUGAGGCCUGGUGGAGGCUGGAAGAAAUAAUUUAUAAAAUCCAAACACCCUGCUUGUGCAUGGUCGUGUGGUGUGCUCUAAAUCGUGACAGGGGAUCACUCACCUGGGGCGUGUACGAAUGCUAGAAAUAAAAACUACUGAAAUCCA